CCCAAACCCUAACAACAGAACGCUGUUUGACAGAGACUGCCAAUAAGAUCCUACAUAAGAGACAAGGGAAAAGCCAUGAAGAUCACUGUUCUAUUCUUUCUUCUGCUUCUGGCUUGUAUGUACCCAAGCCUGGCACAAGGUUCCUAUGAAAACUGUUGCCUGAAGCACAGCAAGGGCGAACCAAGAAUUAAGAAAAACAUCAUGAGCUACAGGAUUCAGGAGACUGACGGAUCAUGCAACAUCCCGGCCAUUAUUUUCAGAAUGAGGAAAGCAAGUGUGACAUUCUGCGCUGAUCCCAACAAACAGUGGGUAAAGGAUCUGAUAAAGAGCAGAAAGCAGGAGGGUAAUUUGAACGGAAAGAUGAACUGAUAGCUGUGAUGGAAAAUUACCACUCAAGAUCUGUCCCGCAAUCUUCACGCAGCUUGUAAACUUUACCACCCGAAUGUACUAUGAAUUGGACAAAAUGUAUUGCAACACAAUGAACGUUAUAUACGGUAUAUUUUCCUCCAGUUGGGAGUUAAACACUAGACAUGCUUGUUGUAUACUGUAUGAUGCAUUGUUAUUACCCAGAAUCACACACUCACAAGCAAUUUUAUGGGUUUCGAGUUAAGCUUGGUAAAUAUCUCAUAUAUUCAAAUCAUGCUUAAUAUGCAUGUUUAUGUUGUACGCUUGUGCAUUGAUGUGACAGAGAGUGAAAGAGAGAAAUCUGUAUGUACUUGUUUAUUCCAAUAAAGUUACAUUAUGACUUAUUUUAAA